AUGUCCGCGUCAUAUGUGCUCUUCCAGUACAGUGCUGACCCGUGGAAUGCGCGGUUCGAAGACAGCGAACGACGGCGAGCCUUUACGGUUGAGGAGGACCCUAACCUUAUUAUGAGAAUUACUCGCGAAGCACCAUGGGCACAGCUACACACAGAAGUUAUGGGGCCCAGCAACUCAUACUUGUACUUUGGACCCACUCGCUCACCGGGGUACCUGGUUUACGGUAACAGCCCGCACCAGUCAAUGUCGAGCGCACGCCGCCAGAAGAGGGAGAACAGCACCUCACGCUACUUCGUGGCCCAGAACGGGAAGGAGUACAAAUGGAAGAUUGCUCCCCAAGGACUGGAGUGCAUCGAUAGUAAGGGAAGCACCGUGGCAAUAUGGGAAACCAGCCAGCUCCAGGACGAGUUCCACGCCCGCCUGACCGUCAGGCUCUCCGCGCUUGCCAUCAUCACAGAGAUCGUAACAACGCUCACGCUCAACCGCAUCGCCUCGAUUUUGAAUUGGUGA